CAAUAAGGGAAACUAAUCUCAUGCAGCGUGUUACAGACUCUCUCUCUCUCUCUCUUUUAUUUUAGCCUUUUUAUUUAUUUUUUCUUUUUUUCUUUCCUUUCCUCUCUCUUUUAUUUUGAAUAAACAUCAUGUCCAAAGCUUCAUUUCUCAGAGAGUACAAAAUUGUUAUUGUCGGUGGUGGUGGUGUUGGUAAAUCUGCACUGACCAUUCAGUUCAUUCAGUCUCAUUUCGUUGACGAAUACGAUCCAACGAUUGAAGAUUCUUACCGUAAACAAUGCGUUAUUGAUGAUGAAACCGCUUUAUUGGAUGUUUUAGAUACAGCAGGUCAAGAAGAAUAUAGUGCCAUGAGAGAACAAUACAUGCGAAAUGGUGAAGGCUUUGUUUUGGUUUAUUCGAUUACUUCUCGUCUAUCAUUUGAAGAAGUAAAUACAUUCUAUCAACAAAUUCGACGUGUCAAAGACCGCGAUUCUUUUCCCAUGGUACUUGUGGGAAACAAGUGUGAUUUAGAGGGAGAUCGACAAGUGACGAAUCAAGAAGGCAGAGACCUGGCCAAAAGUUUCGGAUGUCCGUUUAGUGAAACAUCAGCAAAGCAACGUAUCAGAGUCGACGAUACUUUUUAUGAGGUUGUACGGGAAAUUCGUCGUAUGAAUAAAGAACAAGAAGGUAGAUCAAAAGGAGGUCAAAGAGAUAAUUUUGAAAUGUCAGAUAAUGGUUCAGGUGGUUGCUGUGGUUGUGUUCUGAUGUAACUUUCUCUCUCUCUCUCUCUCUCUCUCUUUCUUUCUCUCUCUUCUAUAUAUAUAUAUCACUCCUUCUCUUUCUUAUUACUUACUAUAUUACUUACUAUUACUUCUACUUUUAUUAACUAUUUUACCCUACCACUACAUAUACUUUUUUUCCCUUCCCUUUUGCCCCCGCCCCACCCCCCCUCCCCUUAUAAUAACAAGAGUUUCUUUUGCUCCUUUUUAUUUAUAAAAACCAAGUUUUUAUUAUUA